AUGACGGUGGAAAUUCCGACUGUGAUCCAUACACAGUGGAAAAUAAAUAUUCCUGGUCCUGAAAAUUGGACGAAGAAAGUAAAAGUUCCAUUUCAUGAAUGUACUCAUAUAGAUAUUAUUAUUAUGCAAGCUUCCCAUGAAAGAAUCAACAUAAAAAUUGAGAACGUGGAUUUGUUACAUCCUUAUAAACUGAAAAUCGCAAUAUUGAGUGAUGAAAAUCGAAAAAUAGAUUGUGAAUUGCCAAAAAAAGCUGUCGAAAACCAGAAAUUUGAGACUUGGAUAGAAAAAAGUCAACUUGUGGACAAAUCACGCUUUCACUUACCGUAUUCGUUCACUUUGGUGUGUACCAUUAUAACUUCUGGUGGAAAUUUGGAUUCAAGAGCUGCGAAUUCGACGCAGGAUGAUUCUUUUCCAUGUUCAAUGGUUUCUCUUUUACCUCUGCAAGAAGAUCUCAAAGAAAUGCUAUUGAAUGACAAGCAUAGCGACGUUAAACUGCGAUCACAUGGCAUGGUCAUACCGGCUCACAAAGGCUUGCUGUCAGUCCGAUCUCCCGUGUUCUCCACCAUGUUCGAUCAAGAUAUGCUGGAAACUCAGACUGGCGUUGUUGAUAUUCCUGAUGUAGAAAGUGAAACUCUGCAAUCAUUUUUAGAGUUUCUGUACACUGAUACGAUUACCAACAUUGAUUAUGAGAAAUUGUUGAAACUGAUGUUUGUGGCUGAAAAAUAUCAAGUGGAUUACUUGAAAAAACGAUGCUCAGUAAUACUGAUGUCCAAACUGUCGUUGGAGAACGUCUGUGAAGUGGUUUCUGUUUCUGAUGUGGUCAAUCAACCGAAUUUGAAAUUGUGUGCAAUUAAUUUUAUAAAGGAAAACAAAAAGAAGAUUAUUUCCUCACCUGUUUGGUCAGAGUGGGUGGGAAAGAACAUGAAAUUAGCCAUUGAAAUUUUGUCGAAGUUGAUUGAUGUUUGA